AUGGAAAAUCCAGUAUUAAGAAGGCCUAUCUACAUGCUCUUCCAAGGUAUCCUAAAGCCCAAAUGGAAAUCACUAGUCAUGUUGACUGGAAUUCUGCCAAAGCAUCAAUUCAUUUUAUGGAUGGCAAUACAAAGAAGGCUGGCUACUGUUGACAUAUUGGCAAAGUGGAGAAUUCAGGUGCCUCAAUCAUGUGUAUUAUGUGAAAGAGAUAUAGAAGAAACACAUGAUCACUUAUUUUUUGAAUGUACAUACUCACAAAGCUUAUGGAAAGGAAUGCUAGGAUGGUUAAGAUAUCAAAGAAGUGUUGCAAACUGGGAAGAUGAGUUGAAGUGGUUAUCUGCCAAUGCUAACAAUAGGAACCCAAGGAAGACAAUUCUAGGAGUGGUGUUUGCAGCAACAGUGUACCAUAUCUGGAUGGAACGCAAUGAUAGAAGAUUUCAGAACCAGAAAAGAGAGGCUAAAGAUAGAGCUAAAGACAUUACCAUCCAAGUGCACAUAACAGGGCAAUAG